AGAGGCUCAUCGCCAAUUUCUCUCUAUCUCCAAUUCAUUGAACUAAACCUUCACAAUGACGACACAAAACCCUCCCCCAGAAACACCAGCGCUCCCUCCUAAUGUAAUAAUCUUCAACCCAAAAUCACCCUCAUCCGUCAACGCCCUUCUCAACGCUGGCAUCUUCACACGCCUCGUCGCCAGCUCAUCCUGCACGCCAGCAAAACUAGCUGCCAUCAAGAAAUAUCCCGGUGUGCAAGACGAUUUCUGUCUUAUCCACCGCAACGCUGUGCUCAUCUUUGACGCAGGCGACGAUGAGGAUGCGCAUCAUGAGCAUUUUAGGGCGAUUUGUCUUGCGCUCAAAGAGCAUGAUAUUGGACUUGAUGUUGCGGGCUGUAUACAUGAUGCGACUAAUGCGCUUGCGGCGGGGUUUCAGCUUGAUAAGUUGAAUGAUAAAGCGGCUUUGGUCAUUGAUCUUGUCGUGGAGGAGGAUAGUGAUGAGGAUUCGGAUGCCUGAAGGCGAGAGCAUGCGAUGAAGACACUGCCUUCGUUCAUGAGUGGCUUCGAGAUGGGCUCAAAAGAGCAAUUGCUCCGACAACUGGUCUAGGCGCUUGCUGGAAAACCCUCCAUUGAGCAUCUGUGACAUUAACUCAUCAUGGCAUGCCGCUUCUGGUUGGUUGUACACUUUGGGAAAGCUUAUACGCAGCCGAGAACUUGGGUGCAUCAAGCUGAGGGGCGAAGAUGAAUAGCAUGCGGGGGAUAAUUACUAAAAGUCUACAAGAAACCCGUGCUCUGGGAUUACGAAGACAUAGGGACAGUCUUGAAAAAAGUCACUGAAUACAGAACAAGACCUACCGACCGUACUAAGAGUCAGCUGAACCUCGUGGAUUUAUCUAGAUCUAAAACUCAUUCAGACAUAUUCACAUCCUCAAUCCACCACAAAAUAACCC